AUGAUUAGUCACCGUGGUGUCUCCGAUCGCUCCCGGAUGUUGCGCCUGCGCAUUUCAAGCUGGCCCGACUUGAAGGCGCGCACGGAAGCAGUCAUGGUGCGGUUCAAGCAUAGGUACCUGCUGUGUGAACUGGUGUCCGACGACCCCCGUUGCCGCCUGAGCCUGGAAGACCGAGUGCUGGACGGCCUCGUACGGAAUACAAUCACCAGGGUGCACGGGACGUUCGGCGCGGCCGCCUGCUCCAUCGGCUUCGCAGUGAGAUACCUCAAUGCCUAUACUGGAAUAGUGCUGCUUCGAUGCCGGAAGGACUUCUACCAGCUUGUGUGGUCAGCUCUUCCUUUCAUCACCUACUUGGAGAACAAAGGACACCGUUACCCUUGUUUUUUCAACACCUUGCAUGUGGGAGGUACAAUUAGAACAUGUCAGAAGUUCCUGAUUCAGUACAACAGGAGACAGCUGUUGAUCUUAUUGCAGAACUGCACUGACAAAGGAGAGAGGGAAGCUAUCCAGAAGUCUGUCACUAGAAGCUGUAUGCUGGAGGAGGAACCAGGCGAGGAGCUUUCAGAUAGUGCCAGUGAGGAGGCUACUGUGGCUAUGGAGUGAGCUCUGCCUACCACCCCUUCGCACUAGGGGAAGGGGAAGCUUCAGCAGAGUGCAGCUUCCUAACACUGCAGGAGGCUGCAUUGCACCCAGCCUCGGACUGACUUGUUGGAAUGAGACAUUCUGGGAGGCAGCAGCAUCUUCUACAGCCCUCCAAACUGCAUGGCUGCCAACCAGAGAACAAGUUACCAAUUCAAAAUGGAGGACUUAAACUCAAGUCACCUUUGCCCUGGGUUAUGCCUUUCCUGGAUAAGUGGUUCUGCAGGUUGUGAACCCCCUGUAGUUACAGGAAAUCUUUGUAUCUAAUUGCCUAAAGGAGAGUAGGUUUAAUAAAUGUGUAUGGCUUCUGUAGCAUUUUGCAUACUUGAAUUAUAAAAAGGGCUUAUGGAGUUAAUGUCCGGCCAAGUCUCUUUCCCCCUCCUUCCCUGGCCUUGUUGGAAGACUGGCCCCUAUUUGAUACUCAGUGAAUUCUGAAUAUUUGACCUUCCACUUCUAGUCCCCAGGGUAGGUUCUAAAGCAAACCAAGUCACUUGGAAUAGAGGAAUUAGUGCUUUUCUUGGAAAGAAAAAGCAAACCCUGGCCUCAACUGAUCUCUUUACUACAAAGCCAAGUAGCAACUGCCAACUUCUGGUAGUUUUCUGCAGUUCUGACCCUUCACUAUUGCCUGGCACGUGAAGACAGGUGAGAAUGCCACACUCAACAUACACAAGUAGGAGGGGCAAGAGAUGUGUGAUCAGGUUUGGUCUGCUACCUACUAAUGACGUUUCUAGGAUGUCUUCUUCAUUAUCGAAUGGAUGUCACCCAAAGUCUUUAUACAUUUAACAGAAAAAUAGGAUUUUUGCUUCAAUGUGCUCCCUCAUCUCCAGACUGGAACACCCUCAUUCACCUAGAAGAAUUCCUGACCUAGCAUUUCUGAACUUUUAAGAAUGGCAGGUUAAAGCCAAGCCCAACU